AACCAAAAAAAAAACAAAAAAAAACAAAACUUAGAAAAACAAAAAACAGAAAAAAAAAAAAAAAUGUCAUAUGGAUCAUACGACGAUGAUGCAAAGAGGAGAAAGAGAUACAUAAUUAUCUCUGUCUCCUCUGUUCUUUUAAUCUCUAUGGUUGUGGCUGUUACCAUAGGCGUUAGCGUCAACAAGAACGAAGGUGAAGAAGAAAUCACAACUUCUGUUAAAGCCAUUAAAGAAGUUUGUGCACCAACUGAUUACAAAAAGACUUGUGAAGAUACUCUAAGGAAAGAUGCACAGAACACAUCAGACCCUUUAGAGCUGGUGAAGACAGCGUUUAACGUGACAAUGAAGCAAAUAAGUGACGUGGCCAAGAAGUCACAAACUAUGAUUGAGCUACAAAAAGAUCCAAGGGCGAAGAUGGCCUUGGAUCAAUGCAAAGAGCUGAUGGAUUACGCAAUCGGUGAGCUUAGUAACUCGUUUGAGGAGUUAGGGAAGUUCGAGUUUCAUAAGAUAGACGAGGCUUUGGUUAAGCUGAGGCUUUGGCUUAGCGCUACGAUUAGUCAUGAGGAGACUUGUCUUGAAGGGUUUCAAGGGACACAAGGGGAUGCAGGGGAGACGAUUAAGAAGGCGUUGAAAACCGCGGUGCAGUUAACGCAUAACGGGCUUGCAAUGGUCAGCGAGAUGUCGAGUUACUUGGGACAAUUGCAGAUUCCGGAGAUGAGUAGUCGCCGGCUGCUGUCCCAAGAUUUUCCUUCGUGGAUGGAUGCGCGAGCGCGUAGGCUUUUGAAUGCUCCUAUGUCCGAGGUUAAACCAGAUAUAGUGGUAGCUCAGGACGGAAGCGGUCAGUACAAGACGAUCAACGAGGCAUUACUUAAUGUCCCGAAGAAGAAGAACACGACUUUUGUGGUUCACAUCAAAGGUGGAAUCUAUAAAGAAUACGUUCAGGUGAAUAGAAGCAUGACACAUCUUGUUUUCAUCGGUGAUGGUUCUGACAAAACUGUCAUUACCGGCGAUAAAAAUUACAAGGACGGUAUUACCACUUACAAAACCGCAACCGUUGCUAUUGUUGGAGACCAUUUCAUUGCUAAGAACAUUGGGUUUGAGAACACAGCAGGGCCAAUAAAACAUCAAGCGGUAGCGAUUAGGGUUCUAGCAGAUCAAUCGAUAUUCUACAACUGUAGAUUCGAUGGGUACCAAGACACUCUAUACGCACAUUCUCACCGUCAGUUUUACCGCGAUUGUACUAUUUCGGGCACAAUCGAUUUUCUCUUUGGAGAUGCAGCUGCGGUAUUUCAAAACUGUACUUUAUUGGUAAGAAAGCCACUCCCGAACCAAGCAUGCCCCAUUACUGCCCACGGACGUAAAGAUCCGCGUGAAUCCACAGGAUUCGUACUCCAAGGAUGUACCAUCGUUGGGGAACCAGAUUACUUGGCAGUCAAGGAAACCAGCAAAUCUUAUCUUGGAAGGCCAUGGAAAGAGUUUUCAAGAACUAUCAUCAUGAAUACAUUCAUCCCGGAUUUUAUCCCGCCCGAAGGAUGGCAACCAUGGCUUGGAAACUUUGGCCUUGAGACGCUUUUUUACUCAGAGGUGCGGAACAUUGGACCGGGUUCAGGUCUCACAAAACGAGUUACUUGGCCCGGAAUCAAGAAGUUGAGUGAAGAGGAAAUCCUUACAUUCACCCCAGCUCAAUACAUUCAAGGUGAUGCUUGGAUUCCAGGUAAAGGUGUACCAUACAUCCCUGGUCUUUUCUCUGGAAACAACUCAGCAACUGAUGCAACUAGCCCAGGUUCUUCCGAAACUAGUUCUAGUUCUAACACAACAGGGCCAUCAGCUUACCCUUCAACAGCAACUUCUCCUUCAAAUUCUCCACCAGCUGGUCAUCAUGGUGCUCCACCAGCCAGACCUUCCGCAGUAAUAUCUCCUUCAACUUCACCACCAGCUGGUCAUCAUGGUGCUCCACCAGCCACACCUUCAGCAGUAAUAUCUCCUUCAACUUCUCCACCAGCUGGUCAUCAUGGUUCCCCACAAGCUUCACCAACAACUGUAGUGUCUCCUUCAGCUUCACCACCAAGUGAUUAUCUUGGUUCUCUAUCAACUUCACCUUCAGUUUCUCCUUCAGCUUCUCCUUCUAUCUCUCCAUCGGCUUCGCCAAUAGUUUCUCCUUCAGCUUCUCCUACAGAGUCUCCAUCUGCUUCAUCGACAUCUCCAUCUAUGUCACCAUCAGAUUCUCCAGAAAGCUCGGUUGAGGUGGGAUCCGAAGACACAAUCUAACUAGAGAUGGAGUGUUUUAAAACAAAAGUUUAGAAGAAGAAAAAGGAAAUAUUUUGACAAAGCCUUUUUUGGUUUUAAUAUUGUGGCAAACCUUGAAAAAUUCGUCAGGUUCAGUAUUAUUGGUUUACCAAUUGAUGAGGUAACUAUGACUAGCUUUGUAAAUUCGUGUUAACUGGUCAUGUACUCAUGUAUAUAUAUGUUGUAAUUAAAUUUUAUAAA